GUCAAGCCAAAAUCGAAAUUUGUAUUCCGUGUGAACUUUUGCAAAUCGCCAGGGCAUAAUUCAAUAAAUAUUACACUUAUAACCCUUAUUUAUAGACAAUAUUAAGGAUGGGAUAUAGAUUUUUAAAACUCGCAUCCUCUUCUUUUAAAACUGGAAGUGUAAGGAUCGGAAUCAGACAUUACUCAUCCACACAUGAUGCUGAUCUCGUAGUUAUUGGGUCUGGCCCUGGUGGUUAUGUUGCGGCCAUCAAAGCAGCACAAUUGGGCUUAAAGACGGUUUCCGUUGAAAAGGACCCAAGCCUUGGUGGAACAUGCUUGAAUGUGGGCUGUAUCCCCUCAAAAGCACUGCUGCAUAACUCUCACCUUUAUCAUCAAGCUAAACAUGACUUCAAAAACAGAGGUAUCGAAGUUAGCAAUGUUUCCUACGACUUCAAAGCCAUGAUGGCUUACAAGGAAAAGGCCGUCAAGGGCCUUACUGGUGGAAUUGCUAUGCUCUUCCAGAAGAACAAGGUUCAACUUGUCCGUGGAGUGGGUACCAUUGUGGCACCAAACAAAGUAGAGGUCAACGGAGAGAAGGGCACAGAGACCAUCAACACCAAAAAUAUUCUUAUUGCCACCGGAUCUGAAGUCACACCAUUCCCAGGAGUCACUUUUGAUGAAAAACAAAUCAUCACCUCAACGGGUGCUCUCUCGUUGACUGAAGUACCUAAGAAGAUGUUGGUUAUUGGAGCCGGUGUGAUUGGUCUUGAGCUGGGUUCAGUGUACCAGAGAUUGGGUGCUGAUGUCACCGCUAUUGAGUUCCUCGACAGCAUUGGAGGAAUCGGCAUCGACGCCGAAGUGUCCAAGUCUCUGCAGAAGAUCCUGGCCAAGCAGGGCAUGAAGUUCAAGCUUGGUACCAAGGUGCUCGGAGUGAGGAAGGAGGGAGGAGGUGUCAAGGUCGACGUGGAAGCAGCCAAAGGCGGGAAUAAGGAAGUGAUGGACUGCGACGUGGUGCUCAUCUCUAUCGGUCGUCGGCCCUACACUAAAGGCUUGGGUCUGGAGAAGGUUGGCAUCGCGCUCGACGACCGCGGCCGAGUGCCCGUCAACAACCACUUUCAGACUACGGUGCCCGGAAUCUACGCGAUCGGUGACGUUAUCCACGGCCCCAUGUUGGCGCACAAGGCUGAAGAUGAGGGUAUCGUCUGUGUAGAAGGAAUCAAGGGAAUGCCAGUCCACUUCAACUACGAUGCUAUCCCGUCUGUUAUCUACACUCAUCCAGAGGUCGGCUGGGUCGGCAAGACCGAGGAAGAUCUGAAGAAGGAGGGCAAGGCGUACAAGGUUGGCAAGUUCCCGUUCCUGGCGAACUCGCGCGCGAAGACGAACGACGAGACGGACGGCUUCGUCAAGGUGCUCGCUGACAAGGCCACCGACGUCAUACUGGGGACGCACAUCAUUGGACCCGGUGCUGGUGAGCUGAUUAACGAGGCUGUGCUCGCUCAGGAGUAUGGAGCCGCCGCCGAGGACGUCGCGCGCGUUUGCCACGCCCAUCCCACCUGCGCCGAGGCCCUAAGAGAAGCGAAUCUUGCCGCUUACAUCGGAAAACCAAUUAACUUCUAAGGUUAAGAAAUAUUAAUUUAUUGUACAAAUAAUUUAACAUCGCAGACGAGUAGGUUAGACGACUCUAUGGAUCUUGUAUGAAUCUUUUGUGAUUGGAAAUAUCUGCCACUAGUCACCAACAGACGAAAAAUUAUUUAUGAAUAUUGAAAAGGUGUAGAAAUGUGACUUAAAAUCAUCCAUUCCGUGUCUCAAGCAGCAGUGUUCACGCAUUUACGCCAUGUAAAUGUCCAUAUGUAUUAUUUAUUUCUUUUGUAAAUAUAUUUACGGAAUACAGACAAA